UGCAAAUGUUAUUUUAAGCAAAGGAUUUAUGCAUUGCUUAAAACAUGUCUCUGUUUUGCAGACCAGAUAGUGUUGAUGUGGAUACUUUGGGCAGCCUGGAGAUAAAGUGGAUGUCAGUGACAGCUAUGUAAACUACAAUUCUGCAAAGCUCCAGAAAUCCUAUAUAAUGGAGGAACUAUAUAAGGACACACAGAACCUACCCAUGGAUGUUACCACUUCACCCUCCGCUAUUGCUAACAACAAAUUAGAAAAUGGAGUAGCCCAGCUGAUAACAGCGGAAGCCUGGAAUAUCAAUUCAUCAGAUCUGAUGAAGAAAGCACUUUCACCACUUGUAACUAUGCCUGCUCCAUCAAUAUUAACACCACCAGCAGAAUCCCAAAGUGGGGUUGCUCUCAAAGUAGCUGCCACCGUGCUUCAGCCAAUUUGUUUAGGAGACAGUCCUGUGGUUCUUCCAAUACAUUUGCAAGUAGCAGGAAGCACUACUCCUCAGAUUGCUCCCAACAGUAAUACUCCAUAUGUUAUGACCACCCAAGGCCCAGUCCCACUGCCUGUUCUUUUAGAGCAGCAUGUAUUUCAGCAUUUAAAUUCUCCAUUAGUAUUACCUCAGAGUUCACCAUGUGCUCCCAAUUCCAUUCAUAGCAAUCUGUUUCAAGGUUCUGCUGCUCCUAUUGGAAAUCCCCAACUGUUAGAUCAAAAACCUUCCAAUCCAACUCAAGAUCCUGUCCUGCCCCCUGUAUUUCAGACACCAGGAUUUGCUGCUGUGUUACAAGACCUCUUUCCUACUCAAGGAGCUUUGAGCUCUUCACCCUAUCAGUCAUCUCCAGAAUGUCCUCUUCCAUCUCAGCCCUUCAGUUCUCCUUUGUCUCCAUUGGUGCCCCCAGCCACCUUAUUGGUGCCAUAUCCUGUGAUUGUGCCUUUGCCAGUCCCAGUCCCUGUCCCUAUUCCCAUUCCCAUCCCAGUUCCUCAUGGCGUUGAAUCUAAGGUUAACUUAGACUACUCCAAACCAGCUGCUUCCUUCGUUUUGCAUUCAUGCAAAGGUACCCAGACUCCUUUGGAGAAGGAAGAAACUAAACCAUGUGAUUUUAUCCACCCCAGAGGAAUUUCUCAGUUGAAUCGGCACACUGUCAUUAAGAUGAGUAAUGAAAUUGAAGUCCUUGAUCUUUCUAUGAAAACAGCUCCUUCCCUUAAGGAAAACUAUGUUAGUUGCCAGAAUGCCCCCAAUGAUAGUGCUUUGGACUUGUCAGUUACAUCUUUUCCGAAAAUGAACAGUAUUGAGACAACAAACUUGAGCUGCUCUGGGUCCAUGAUGGACAGAACUUCUCAUUCGGUGGCAAAUAAACCUCAUGACAUCCCAACCAAGGUUGAAAGCAGAGUGAUCAGUUCCAGCUCAUCUGAACUCCUAAGACAACAGUCCAAAUGGCUGGUGGAUCAGAAUAUUGCAACUUGUGAACCCACAACUGGCAAUAAUAUAGAAAUUGUGAGCACUUCACAGACAGCCAAGGUGAUAGUUUCUGUCAAAGAUGCAGUACCAACUAUUUUCUGUGGUAAGAUUAAAGGCCUCUCAGGGGUUUCCACUAAGAACUUUUCCUUCAAAAGGGACAUGCCUCAGGACUCAGGGCUGCAAUGUUACGAUGUGAAGAAUCAGCCUGAAGUCCAGGAUAAUGCAGAAGCUCUUAGAAAACCUAUCAAAAACAGGAAUGUCAAGUUAAAGAAAAUGAACUCGCAAGAAAUACACAUUCUUCCUAUUAAAAAGCAGCGACUUGCAGCCUUUUUUCCAAGAAAAUAAUUUAUGAAGUUUUAGAAUUUUUUAAGGUAUAAUAAUUAUAAGUACUGUAAUGAUGCACUUCAUUUUAAAUUACAUUUAAAUUUUAAACUAUAUUUAAGUUAUUUCAAGAUGGAGGAUUAAAGAGUGGGUGGGGUAGGGAAGACAGAAGAAUAUAUCUUGAUAUAUCUUUCCAAUCAAUGCUUCCCUCCUCACCAUGUUUUGUCCCAACUUUUCAUUAAAGUAAAUAAAAAGCAACAUAUUUUUCAAGUGGAUUGCACAUUUUCAGCUUUAAUGGAAUACAAUGAAUGAGCAAGUCAGAGGAAUAAGAGCUAUUUUCACUGCCAUAAAGUGCUUUGAUGAUGUAAUUCUGAGCAGUAAGUAGAAUGGAACUUUCAGAAUAAAUGUUUGUAUGUGU